UGCAGCUCGUCAUCCCUUACUUCCACCUGCACAACGUUCAUACGUUUACCUGCUACACGCUACAACUCAGUAAUAACACACCGUCUACAGCCAUGGCAGAUCCAAGAAUACGGCAAAUUAAGAUUAAAACUGGCAUCGUCAAGAGGCUGGCCAAAGAGGAGGUCGCGUACAUAACCGAGGCGAAGCAGCAGGAGCAGAAGAUCGAGCGCAUGAAGGCGGAGGCGGGAGAUGAUUAUGUCAUCAAGAAACAGAUGGAGGUGUUGCAGGAGUCCAGAAUGAUGAUCCCAGACUGCCACCGCCGCCUGACCGUCGCACACGGAGAUCUGCUCCAGUUACUAGAAACAGAAGAGGAUUUGGCCGAGUCAGAGGAGUACAAAGAGGCUAAGAACGUAUUGGACUCAGUGAAGCUUGAAGGAUGAUUUCUGAUCUGUUUCUGUUCUCACUGUGAGAUUCACUUGCUUAAAUGUCCAUUCCUUUCAUCAGGCCUGGGGGUUUGGGGAACCAUGGAGGGAAACUGAAUCCAUUCAAAGUCUCUGUUCUUGAUGUAAUUAUUUCUACUGUUUACUGUUAAUGUGCCACCACACUUGGUCAUCACUUG